AUGUGGAACAACGGACCUGAACUACAGCGCGAGAAAGGCGAGCUGGACAGAUACUGCAAAGACAAUCUACAAUUUGACUACUCACAUAUUCUGGAGAAAACGGUGAAGCCAAUGAUCCGCCUCAGGUCAGAAAAGCAGGCCAGUGAGGGUCGUCCUGCCAUACUGAUGUGCAGCGCGUAUAAUUUCUACCCCCCAGCCAUCGAUGUGUACUGGCUGAGAGACGGUAAAAAAGUGACCUCUGAUGUGGUGUCCACUGAGGAGAUGGCUGAUGGAGACUGGUACCACCAGGUCCACUCCCACCUGGAGUACAUGCCCACAUCUGGAGAGAAGAUCUCCUGUGUGGUGGAGCACGCCAGCUCCAAGGAGCCCAUCAUCUACAACUGGGAUGGUUCUUUUCCUGAUUAUGGGAGGAGCAAGAUUAUUAUCGGAGCUUCAGGGUUUGUGUUGGGGAUCAUCCUGUCAACUGCUGGAUUCAUCUACUAUAAGAAGAAAUCUCCAGGGGUCCUGUGAAGUUAACUACUGGUCAGUUUUAUACUGGUUUUACUGUUUUUUUGUUUAUAAUUAA